AUGCAUAUAUGCUUAAAAGGUAAAUCAAGCCUCCAUGAUGGCUUCUCCCCUUGCUUCCCCUUGGCUUCCAGCAGCCCUUGCUCUCCCCAUGGCCUUCCCAAGAACGCGGCUAGAGCACAGGCUAAGGGAGCUUUUUAUAAUCAAUCCAUAAAGUUGGCUCAGGCAGACCCCUCCCCGCCGCCCCCGCCGCCCGCCCCCAAGACGGAGGAGCCCCCCGCUCCCACCAUGUCGUCGGAGCCCGGUGCCCCGCCGGCGGUGCCGCCCCUGCACUCGCCCAAGUCCCCGGUGUGGCCCACCUUCCCCUUCCAGCGCGAGGGCAGCCGCGUCUGGGAGCGGGGCAACCUCCUGCUGCGGGACCUGCCCAGCCCGCUGCCCACCAAGAGGACCAGGACCUACUCCGCGACGGCGCGUGCCUCCGCUGGGCCCAUCUUCAAGGGCGUCUGCAAGCAGUUCUCGCGCUCCCAGGGCCACGGGUUCAUCACCCCGGAGAAUGGCACAGAGGACAUUUUCGUCCACGUGUCUGACAUCGAGGGGGAGUACGUCCCGGUGGAGGGGGACGAGGUGACGUACAAGGUCUGCCCCAUCCCUCCCAAGAACCAGAAGUUCCAGGCGGUGGAGGUGGUGCUCACCAACCUGGCGCCCCACACGAAGCACGAGACGUGGUCCGGCCAGAUCAUCGGCUCCUAG